UCCAAACAAUGACUGGGACAAAAGUUGAAAGAUAUUCGGAAGAUGGGUCAUUCUUUUUUAAAUGGAUAGCUUCAAUUGAAUAUGAGAACGCUGACUUCUACGCAGUAUGUUCAACAAACACGUCGAUAGGAACAAGCAUGGUAUCUUUAAAUAUGAAAGAUAUUGAUGGAAAAUGUGGAGCUCUCGUGCUGUUAAGCCCGGUAGUACGCGGCGCAAACGUCGAACUGGGAUAUUUUCCAGCUGACUUUUAUAUACAGCGCCAAACAUACAAUACACGAACAUGGAAGAAAAACAUCAACGCGAUACAGCUACGAAACGGUUCAUACGAAGAAGACAAAAUUUCUGAAUAUUUUUACAAAUUAACGGUAUUCAACUUUGAUGAAACAGACGAGGGAACAUAUAUUUUAGAGUGCAAUUCAGGAGGACACACUGAAUCAGUACACCUUAAUAUGCAGGAGCAACCGAGCCACCCAAUACUCGGUCCAAUGUCCCUUGACUUUAAAACAACAGGAUGCAUUCAUGUUUAUGGUGGCUCUGACGUGUAUUGCAUAACUGACAAUAGAACCGAACCAGUACAAGUUGUACUUUUAAUUGGCCAGGAUUCAUUUGUUCUUGCUGAAAGCAAAGUAAACAAAGGGUCGUACCGUUUCCAUAACGUCCAUCAACAUAUGGCUGGACUGUCGAGACGGAAUGUGACAUGCCAAGUCUCAUAUGCAGCCCUUGAAACACCUUACGAAGUGCACGGCAUUCUAUGUAACGUGGGAAGACAAUGCCAGGUCAAUGAUAUUCAGACAAUCUCUUCAAUAUUCCGAUUUCCUGUCAAGAAUCUACUGAUUGGAACAGGCGUUUUCUGUGGACUCUGCGUUGUGUUUGCAAUCGGAAAUACAGACACCUCGUUGGAAAAUGACGUGGUACACAUAACAACGCAAGGUGUCCAGUUUGCAGUCGUUCAGAGGCAAUCUGCCGCACAGAGGAUUGAAACACAGCAACAGCAAAAUGACGACAGCCUAACGUACGCCGAGUUAGACAUCAAUUUCCUACAGAAAGCUCACGCUAGAGUUCCAACAGGGAGAAACGAUACGCGGACGGAGUAUGCUGACAUUGAGUUUCACUCAACACAGACACCUGCUGUAGAAGAUCCUGUGUACGACAAAGCAUCAACGAAGAUCUAG